GAAACCCAGCAUUAACAGGCAGAGGAAGAGCAGGUCUGUGCAGGUAUGAAGAGCUUGAGGGGACAUUCCUGAAAAAAAUCUGUCGAAAACACAUAUCUGGAUCAGAAUGGCAACGGUUAACAAUACUGGAGGAACUAAUGAUAGUCAAAUCUACCGUUGUGAGUUAAAAGAGAACUUCAAGUACAUUCUCCUCCCGGUGAGUUACACUCUGGUGUUUGUGUUCGGUCUGGCGUUGAACAUCACGGCCAUGUACGUCAUCCUGUUCCGAACCAAACACUGGAAGCCCAGCACCAUCUACAUGAUCAACCUCAACGUCUGCGACACGCUUUACGUCCUCACCCUGCCGUUCCUCAUCUACUAUUACGCUGAUAAGAACGACUGGCCGUUCGGUGAGCUGAUGUGUAAGCUGAUUCGCUUUCUCUUCUACACAAACCUCUACGGGAGCAUCCUCUUCCUCAGCUGCAUCAGUCUGCACCGGUUUUUAGGCGUCUGUCAUCCGGUGCGCUCUUUGUACUGGAUGAACGGCCGUCGCGCUCGUUUGGUUUCUGUGGGAAUAUGGAUGAUCAUUCUCAUCUUACAGGCACCGAUUCUUUAUUUCUCCAGAGUGAGACUUAAUGGUAAGGAUCUGGUCUGUCAUGACACCACCGUCAAGGAGCUCUUCAAUGACUUUCUGGUCUACAGCUCGGUGGUGAUGUUCCUGCUUUUUGUCAUACCGUUUGGGGUGGUGCUGGUCUGCAACAGCAUGAUGGUGAAGAAACUUCUUGAGCCCGGCGAUCUCAGAGAACCAAUGUCACAAUGCUCCAAGCAGAAGUCGGUUAAGAUGAUCAUUAUUGUGCUUCUCGCUUUCAUCUUGUGCUUCUUGCCUUUCCACGUGAACCGCAGUAUAUACUACACCUUCCGUUACCUGGACAAACCGGACUGUGAUGCGCUACGACUCUCCAACAACAUCUACAAGGUCAUGCGACCUCUGGUUGGUCUCAACAGCUGCAUCGACCCCGUCCUCUACUUCAUGGCAGGACAGAGCUUCAGAAACAGCAUCGACAAGAAAUCAAACAUAAAGUCUGACAAAUCCCUCUCAACAUUACAGUAAAAAUUUUGAUUUUUUUUUAGAAUGACUAUAUGUCCUAUUUUCCUGUCCUGGCCAGGAUUUCUAAAUUGCCUAAAAUGUCCGGUUUUGGCUUUGUUUUUAUACUUGCUAAAACGAAUGACUGAAAAGUAGUUUGACCAAUAGCAUGCAGGCAUAGUGCAUAAUCCGAGAAGGUGGGCUCUACAGAAAAUGGUCAAAGCAAUGCAAAUACAUGUAGGCCUACAUAUAACGUAUGAGGACUGCAGGGAGAGCAUCAAUAGGAAAACAAAGCCAAACUCGGACAUUUUAGGAAGUUUAGAAAGUAUAUCUGCCAGGGAAAAUAGGGCUUUUCACUCUGCACUUAACCUAUCAUCGUUCGAGGAACGUUUCAGACGUGUAGCUAAUUUAGAUGUGAGGUUGGCACCAUUUUUACCCGGCGAGCUAGACACCCGAUCGCUUGCCUCACCCGUGAAAAACGCGUCAAUUGGAGUGAAGAGGCCAUUUUAUCCUCACCCAUAUAAUAUUUAGCUGAUUUAAAUGUUUAAAUAUAGCUGCCUUCACGCCAUGUCAUAAUUACUUCCAAGUCCGUGGUUUUAGUGAUCUCUCCCCAUGCUAUUCCACAGAGGGGGAUGCAAUUGGGUUAGUCUCGCAUAACCAGACCUUCAGACUGACGGCAGAAGGUCUGGGAACCUUGGUCACUUUCAAUGGGCAAGAGGCCAAGGGGCCAUAUGACUGACAGGUAAAGAAACUAAUCAUGUUGCGUUUUGUGCCGCGUCAUGUUUAGGGGGUGAAAAUGUCCCCACAAUAACAGUGUGUAAAACUCUUGGACAUAUUUUCAAGAUUCCAUGUCGCGAACUUUAAAUAUUUCAUAUACUUUUGAAAAUCCAGUGUUUAGAUGAUCCUGAUGCUCAUCGUCACAGUUCCAAUUUUGUGUGCGAUAUCUGCAUCAGAUGGUCCAGCUGAUUCAGCCAAUGGUCCGUGUGCGUCACAUCUGAGGCUGAGACUAUGAUUGGGCUAGUUUUGAAUAGCAAUUGACCCUUGCAAAAACCCAUCCUCGUUAGUUACUGUUGCUAUGUCCUACAAGCCAUGCCACUCUCACACUACACAUCAUGUUCUCACACACUAAAAAAAACAUUGUGGAGCAAAGAGGAAACUGGCAAAACGACCAACAGACAAGACAGAGCAGGUUACUUCUGGUAUGAAACAAGGUCUCAGCUUUAAAAUAUUUUUCCCAUUUUGUGGCUCUUUAAUGUGUCUUGACAGAUCACUGUAUUGCCUCAGUUCAAGUAGCACACGUGAACUGAUUGUCUUUUCAUAUUUAGGUUACUUAAAGCACGAGAAAAACUUGAAUGAACAUCAUAAUGUAUUUUACUUCAACUGUGGAAAGACGUCAAUACACAUCAUUUUUCAAGUUUAAGUCCACUGAAGUUAAUCUACUCUCCUGUCUGAUUUGUUUGUCGGGCAAGAUGGCGGAUUCGGCGUUAUUAUUGGUCAGGUCGCCUGUCAAUCAAGCUCUUUGCGAACGGUCAGUUGGGCUGGUUUUGUUUGGCAGACCUGGCAACCCUGUUUCCAAGUCAUCAGACUCGGAAUUAUGCGCUAUACGCAGGGGCGCACUGGCCAUAGGCCAAUAUGCUCAACAUAUUUUUUUGUUGUUGUUUUUGUUUUUGUUGCCUGCCGAAUGUACUAAAGUGAUUAUUUCCGAAUUCGCCAUUCAAUAAUAUUAAUUAAAAAAAAAAAAAAAAAACGAAUUACUUAUUUAUCAAUUAAUUACUGCAAAAUAACCAACAGGACAUAAUUACUAUUGUGAAGAGUAGGAAUUUAGCAGACAAAUACUCAUAUAAUCGUUUUAUAACAGGUUUAGAGGGAGCCAAGGCAGACAACAACACAACGAAAAUUAACAUGGUUGCUAUAGUUAAACCAUGGUAACCACAAAUUAACAAUGGUUUUACACUAUAUAGUUCACCAUGGUAUUUAUAGUAAAACUCUGGUUAUACAAUUGGUAAUCAGUCUGCCAAAAAAAAAACAUGGUUACUUUUACCAUAGGCCUAAUAAUACCAUGGUUAAGUUUCCUUAUAGCACAAAGCAUGACCCAUGAUAAUGCAAAAACAUAUUCAGUGUUAAAAAAUUUUUCUAUAAAGAUAUAUUCAGGAUGUAGCUAUUAUUGUACCAAUUUUGACAUUUAGGUAAGAUAAAACAAUAACAUAUCGUCCUAAUGUAAUCCUUAUUUUUUUCUAAAAUAAAAGUAUACUAUGUGCAAACAAAUUAUAAUGAUGUGGUUGUUUUGCAACAAGGUGAUGUGUUGAUGAAAAAAGUAAACAUACACAUAAAAGAGAGAGAUGUCAGGGAAAAUGAAGAGACUAAAAAGGAAAAUGGAAGUUCAAGUGAUAACCUUGAAGUGAUAAAGAGAUUUCCCGGCCUGAAAUUUUGUCCCAGUCCGCCCCUGGCUAUACGUCUAAAUUUCGCGGCAUAAUUAGCUAUAAAGUGUGAAAAGCCUUACUGUUUAUGUUACUGUAACAAUAUUCUGGUAAUCAUCAGGUUAUUGCAUUUGAAUCCGUCCAACAGCAUGUUAGAUCAGGAUAGUGUUAGUAUACUGGAAAUGCUACAGCUUAUACUGUUUUUUUAGCUUGCUAAUUUAAUUUAAGCAUUUAGCCAUUGCUAAUGCUUAAAAAUGCAAAAGUACAUUUUAAACCACUGUUCAAAGACGUUUGGGGUCGGUAAGUUAAAUAUUUAAUCCUUUAAUUGAGCAAGGAUGCAUUUGAUUAAUCAAAAGUGACAGUAAUAACCUUUUAAAUGUAGUGUUACAAAAGUGUUACUUUCUAUUCAUCAAAGAAACCUGAAAAACCCUGUCUCACGGUUUCCACAGAAAUAUGAAGCAGCACAAAAGUUUUCAACACCAAGAAGAAAAAGAAGAAAUGGUUCUUUAAGCAGCAAAUCAGCAUAUUAGAAUGAUUUCUGAAGAAUAAGGUGACACUGAAGACUGGAGAAAUGAUGCUUUGCUUUUUGUUACUGUGAAUUCACGCAGAAAACAGUUAUUGUGAAUUGUAAUAUUAUUUCACAAUAUUACUGUUUUUACUGAAUUUUUGAUCAAAUUAAUGCAGCCUUGGUGAGCAGAAGCAGAUUUUUUUUUUUUUUUUUUCAAAAACAUUGCAAAAUCUCACCAACCCCAAACUUCUGAAUGGUAUAUUACCAGAAAAAUCAUCACAAAUAUACAGCAUGGAGAAGCAUUUAAUAUCAGUCUAUAAAGAUGAAUUUCCACAUCUCAGUUACUGCAGUAAAGUGUUUUAUUUCAAGAGUAUAAAUAUCAAGAAAAAAACAACAUUAUUAUUAGAAUGAUAAUAAAUAAAAGCAACAACAAUACAGAGCUGAGUUUCCCCUUACCUUGUCAUCCUAGUCGAUCUUUGCAAAGUAAGGAGUAACAGUGAUUUAUGUCUCUAGCUCUAGCUACAACUGUGAUGGUAUUCAAGAAAUGAUUGCAAACAAACACGCGUGUAUUGUAUAAAAAUUCACUUUAUAUAAAAUGUGCAUGUAAAUGUAACAAAACUGUGACGCGACCCUCGAGUAGCCUUUCUCUGAACUACAAAUAAAUACAAUGGAAGAAGGAAAUGAUGAAACGCAGAGAAAUAUUUCAUAAUGUACAUUUUUCAAUUACCUCAGUAAGCUUCACGAAGACACAAAUUUCACAGUCAAGGUGAAACUCUGAGCUGAGCUGAGUACCGUAAUCAUUCAGUAUCAUUUGAUUUGAAGUUUUGCACACACAGAUUCAUGUUUCUCUACAUCUGAGGACUGACGAACACUCAGCUAUAUCCUGUAAGAGGAAGACAUGUGCGUCAGAGGAGCGUACACACUGCAAGCCAAACUGAACAACUACAAUUUUCUGCUUAAAUGUGUGUUGUUGUUUUAGGUUGGACAGACACUGCAAAAAUGAUUUUCGUACUUAGUAUUAUUACAAAUAUCUAAACCUUCUUAAAUCAAGAUACAUUUAAUUGAGAAGCAGAAAGACUUAACAAGAACAGAACAAAUGUCUGUCAGCGUGGAAAGAAAAAUACAUUUGAUUUAAUGAGAAAAAAAACCUCCUUAUCCCAUUGACAGAUAGUUUUUCUUACAAUAUCUGGUCCUAAAUCUAUGCAUUUUAUUUUCUGUGUUAAUGUCACUAUUGACAACUUUCUUCCCCAGUAUUUCUUCCAGGACAAAUAAAGCAUCUAAACAUCGCUAAAUCAAGAUACAUUUAAAAGUCUUGUUUUAUGAAAAAUGUAUUAAAAUGAAGUGAGUUUAAGCUUAAAACAAGAAAAAUAUUUGCCAGUGGGGUCAGAAAAAUAAACUUAAUUCAAAGGGAAAACAAGAUUUAUUUUUCAUACCCAAUUGAUAGACACUUUUUCUUGUUUUAA